CGUACGCAAAGGACUAUGAAUAAACUACUGCCGCUAAUCGUAGUGGCAGUCACGGCGGCCGGUUGGUUGCACGUCACCGCCGGUAGUUAUACAUUGGAAUUGGAUUCGGUGAUGGAAAAUCAGCUGAAAAAUCUGACUUGUGUAUCUUACUGCGACCACUGUGAAUGCCUAGGCAAAUUUAAUCAGGAGAAAGAUAAGUGCACCUGCAACUGCCCGGAAGGAGCUGGAGAUGACGAAUGUAUCGCCGAAGUGCUGGAAACCAAACGAAUGAUCGGUCUGAACUAUACAUUAGAGGUGAAGCAUGCGGAACGGAGCCAGACCGUUGCACUCUCCAGAGUACGAAGGCAAGUUAUAGGACGGGCGCGAAAUCGUCGACAGCAAAGACCCAACAAUCGUCGCAGACCGCGGCCCACAAUCUCGCCUCGUCCGAAUAGACGAAAUAAUCGUCGACGCACUACAAUCACAACUGUUAUACCACCGGCGACUUAGAACUGUUGAUUACAGCCUCUAUUUUAAACAAAAUAUUUUGGAAAAAAAUAUCGUGAUACGUCUAAAUUAUCUUACCCAGCGCAAUUUAGGAUGAAUAAAAUUCAAAAUUACUACCGAAAAAUCAAAAUAGCUAGUGAUAAAAACAAAUCUGAAAAAGAGUAGAAGCUUCGCCAUCAUCCGCAGUCAGUGAUUUCAUUCGUUUGUCUCAUAUUACAGUCAGAGCUGCCUUCUAGAAGGCAUUCAUCCCAACUCAUUCAACUCAUGAGAAAACCAUGAUACUGUGUACUACUGUUUCUCAUAGGCUGCUAGAAUCAAUAAAUAAAA